UAUGCAGUGUGCUCUGAUCAGCUGCUGCAAGGACCAAUUGUUCCUACCCUGAGAGAAAAGGGACACAUCAUCCUGUCCCUGCUCCCCUCCUCCAAAUCCCUGGAGGAGCAAUUAGAGUGCCCCGCUUCAUGUGGAAUGAUCCAUUGUCUGUAACAGGUUCAGGCUGACACCAGUGCCUGCUGCUGCUUGUUCUGCACUGGUCCUGCUCUGGAUGAAAGUCUGGCUGUGUGGGUGCAGGGCACUUAUUGGGUUAAGCCAGUGUUCCUCCUCUCUGCUGGGUCUGCCUGCUCAGGAAUGAUGGGAGCUUUGGGGAAUCCAAGUUGCUUGCUCAUCUGCUGGCUCCUUGUCUUAUGUUAGGAGGGAGCAUCUUCCUUGAGAUUACAGGCAGAAGACAGAAAGGGAGACUAUGGACUGAUUGUAUGCCCAUCACCAUGGAGUUUCUAGUGGGCAUAAUCUGCAUUAUUGUCUGCCUCCAGCCAGUUGCAGGGUUUGGUGUGGACCCCUCCCUACAGAUUGACAUCCUCGAGGAGCUCCAGUUGGGGGAGGCCACUCCUGGAGUACAGCAGGUUCAAGGACUUCACAACAGAAGCAAAGCCUUCCUUUUCCAAGAUUCUUCAAGAAAUUUGAAAGCUUCUUCCGCUUUAUCAGAAAAACUUUUUCAGAAAUUGAAGAAUAAACAUGAAUUCACUGUGUUGGUGACUUUGAAGCAGGCUGCUUUAAAUUCAGGUGUCAUUCUCUCUAUUCAUCAGUCAGAUCACAGGUAUCUUGAGCUUGAAAGUAGUGGGCAUCGAAAUGAAGUCAGACUACAUUACCGCUCAGGGAGUCAUCGAUCGCAGACAGAAGUUUUUCCAUAUAUUUUGGCAGAUGACAAAUGGCAUCGAUUUUCCUUGGCAGUCAGCGCUUCUCAUCUGGUUUUACAUGUGGAUUGUAACAAGAUUUAUGAAAGAAUUGUGGAAAAGCCAUACAUGGAUAUUCCAUCUGGGACAACUUUAUGGGUUGGACAAAGAAAUGGCGCACAUGGUUAUUUUAAGGGGAUCAUGCAAGAUCUACAGAUCGUUAUCAUGCCACAAGGGUUUAUUUCCCAGUGUCCGGAUCUUAAUCGCACAUGUCCAACGUGCAAUGACUUCCAUGGACUAGUGCAGAAAAUCAUGGAACUACAAGAUAUCCUGGCAAAAACAUCAGCAAAGCUGUCAAGAGCUGAGCAGAGGAUGAAUAGGUUAGAUCAAUGCUACUGCGAAAGAUCUUGCACUGUAAAGGGCAAUGUCUACAGAGAGUUGGAGUCCUGGACAGAUGGCUGUAAGAAGUGUACAUGCAUGAAUGGGACAGUUCAGUGUGAAACAUUAGUCUGUACCGAACCAACGUGCCCAGCUUAUUCUGCACCUGCCUUUGCUCCUGGCAAAUGUUGUAAAGAAUGCCAACCUGUAUGUGUUUAUCAAGGCCAACUGUAUUUUGAAGGAGAGAAUCAAGCUGUCUUUUCGAGUACUGGAACAUGCAUACUGCUCCAAUGCAAGAGCAACAAAAUGCAACGCACAGAGUUUUCAGAAUGUAUGCCUGCCAACUGUCCACAAUCAGAGCAAAUAGUGCUGAAGAACAGCUGCUGCAAAGUCUGCAAAGGUUAUGACUUCUGCUCGGAAGGACAUAAUUGCAUGGAGUCCUCAGUCUGCAAAAACCUAGAUGACAAAGCUGUCUGUAUCUGCCGCGAUGGAUUCCGGGCUCUUAGAGAAGACAAUGCUUACUGCGAAGAUAUUGAUGAGUGUGCUGAAGGUCGCCAUUACUGUCGGGAGAAUACUAUUUGUGUGAAUACACCAGGAUCAUUCAUGUGCAUUUGCCAAACAGGCUACAUCAAAAUUGAUGACUAUUCCUGUACAGAACACAAUGAAUGUGCAACAAACCAGCACAGCUGUGAUGAAAAUGCGUUGUGUUUUAACACUGUGGGUGGACACAACUGUGUGUGCCAGCCAGGAUAUACUGGAAACGGGACUAUCUGUAAAGCUUUUUGCAAAGAUGGCUGUAGGAAUGGAGGGAGCUGCAUUGCUCCUAAUAUGUGUGCUUGCCCACAGGGUUUUACUGGACCAAGCUGUGAAACAGACAUUGAUGAAUGUGCCGAAGGAUUUGUUCAGUGUGACAGCCGUGCUAACUGCAUUAACCUACCAGGCUGGUACCACUGUGAAUGCAGAGACGGCUACCAUGACAAUGGGAUGUUCUCUCUGGGGGGAGAGUCGUGUGAAGACAUUGAUGAAUGCACUACGGGAAGACACAGCUGCAGUAAUGAUACUGUUUGCUUCAAUUUGGAUGGUGGAUAUGAUUGCCGUUGUCCCCAUGGCAAAAACUGUUCUGGUGAUUGUAUACAUGAAGGAAAAAUCAAGCAUAAUGGGCAGAUCUGGGUACUGGAAAAUGAUCGGUGCUCAGUAUGUUCUUGCCAGGUUGGGUUGGUGAUGUGCCGCCGUAUGGUUUGUGACUGUGAAAACCCAACAGUUGACUUGUUUUGCUGUCCUGAAUGUGAUCCCCGACUCAGUAGUCAAUGCCUGCAUCAAAAUGGAGAUGUUACAUAUAAAAGUGGAGACACCUGGGUACAGAACUGUCAGCAAUGCAGAUGUUUGCAAGGAGAAGUAGAUUGCUGGCCGUUGCCUUGUCCAGAAGUUGACUGUGAAUUUAGCGUAGUUCCGGAGAGUGAGUGCUGUCCACGUUGCAUCAACGACCCCUGCCAAGCUGACAUAAUACGCAAUGACAUCACAAAGACAUGCGUUGAUGAAACAAAUGUAGUUCGUUUUACAGGCUCUUCUUGGAUUAAGCACGGCACAGAGUGCACCCUCUGUCAAUGCAAGAAUGGACAUAUGUGUUGCUCUGUAGAUCCACAAUGCCUCCAGGAGCUGUGAUAAUAACCAACGACUCCUACAGAACAUACAAGGAUUAUGAAUGUUUUUCUCAUAAAAGACUUUACACCAAAUAAAAGUACACAAUUGGAACUGAUAUACAGUAUUAUAGCGUGCAAUCCAUUCUCUUGGUUCAAGAAGAAUAACAACCGAUAACAGACAGUUUACCUUUGAUUUUGUUAAACUGGAGGCCAAAUGUAAAACAGAUGCCAUUGACUUUUUGUGCAGGAUGCCUAUUUGGAAUCUAGUACAUAACCAUGUUUUUUAAAUGGGAUGAUCAACCAAACAUUAAAUGUAUUAAACCAAUGGAACUGUCCAUGUCCAUGUAUAAAGAUGAAUCUAAUAACCCUUUCAUGAGAUUUUAUGCCAGCUAUUGCUUGAAAACCAUGGAUUAUCUGGAAAAUAGUAUUACACACACCAAAUCUCAUGUUUCGGGCUCAUGCACAUGAAUGUAUUUUCAUUCCGUGUCCAUUCAGUUUUUUUUUUUUUUGUGACCGUAUACAGAACCUUUCAUUUCAAUGGGUCCGCAGAAAAAUGGAAGGUCCUCUGUGUGCAUUGCAUUUCCGUAUGUUCGUAUAUCCGUUCCGCAAAAAUAUAGAACAUGUCCUAUUAUUGUCCGCAUUAUGGACAAGGAUAGUGCUGUUCUAUUAGGGGCCAGCUGUUCUGUUCUGCGAGAUACGGAAUGCACACUGAUGUCAUCCGUAUUUUUUGCGGAUCUGUUUUUUUGCGGACUGCAAAAUACUAACGGUCGUGUGCAUGAGGCCUUCUAGAAAUAAAAGAUUAUGCCACUGCUCUGUGCACCAAGUCCUUGAACAUGAACAUCAAAAGUAUAUUCUGAAGAUCUUUGAAAAUUGCUGCACUGUUCAUUAUCUGCACACAAUUUUCUCACUGAAAUAUUUUAUUCCAUAUUGUAGAAAGUGUUUUUGCAAAUGAUAAAAAGAUUUAAGGUAUAUUGUGUUAUGGGCACCUCAUACUCUUCAAUAAGCAGAUAUUUAUGUACUGGCAUGGUAAACAAAUGUGUUUUGAAGGGAAGAUUACCAUCCAUGUUUUCUUUUUUUGCACUUAUUUCUUGAUUGGUUUAGUAUAAUCGUGUUCUUGUGAAAUUUAAAUAAAUGUUUCUCUUACAUACAA